UAGGUGUUCUGUAUUUUACAUUUUAUUUAAGAUUCUUGUUCUCUGGCUUUCCGGUAAUGGUCCUCGACUAGUAAAUGCUUUAACCGAUUCAAUGUUAUCCGAUUUAAUAACAAAGCAUCUGAGAGAAGUAUUACAAGAUAGAAAUAUUCGACCUCCAGUUAAAAUAAUUCGCACAAAAUGGCUAAAUGACCAAAACUUUCUUGGUUCAUAUACAUAUAUAACACCUCAAUCAAGUUUAAUUUCUGAUGACCCUUUCUCCAUAUUGGCAGAACCAAUUUAUUCAAAAAAGGAUCAAAAAUUAAAAUUAUUGUUUGCUGGAGAGGGGACACACAGUCAAAUAUUCCAAACAACUAUUGGAGCUUUUGAAAGUGGACAAAGGGAGGCUGAACGAAUAAAAGAAUAUUUAAUUGGAAUUAAUAAAUGUUAA